AAAUAUCAUCCGUAGAAGAAGAACGGCGAAAAGUCAUGGCGGCUGACAGUUUGUAAUGAGCCAACGAAAACAGACAAGAUUCUUGCAAGUUGGACCCACAGCGUUUAAACCAGCCCCGGCGAUCAAAACACAGACGGCAAAAUGCAGAUAACUUUGAAAACCUUACAGCAGCAGACGUUCAAGAUCGACAUCGAUGAAGAGGAGACGGUGAAGACGUUAAAGGAGAAGAUCGAAGAGGAGAAAGGAAAAGACAAUUUCUCAGUUUCUGGACUGAAGUUGAUCUAUGCUGGUAAAAUCCUCAACGAUGACACAGCCCUCAAAGAAUACAAAAUCAAUGAGAAGAACUUUGUGGUCGUCAUGGUGACAAAGGCUAAAACGGCCUCACAGCCGUCACCCACCAGCUCAGCUCCCAGCACUACAGCCCCCGCUGCCCCCACCGCCUCGUCUUCCAGCUCAGAAACGAGCACAGAGCGAGCCUCCACAGACGACAAGCCAGAGGAGAGACCGUCUUCCACUGCUGAGCCUGCUACCACCCCUGUCGGCUCUGAGGCUUCAACGAACACAAACCUAAUUGAUGAGGCUGUUUCAACUCUAGUGACGGGCCAAUCGUACGACGCCAUGGUGAAUGAGAUGAUGCUCAUGGGCUACGAGAGGGAGCAGGUAGUAGCAGCUCUGAGAGCGAGCUUCAACAACCCAGACAGAGCUGUGGAGUACCUGCUCACAGGUAUUCCAGGCAGAGAUGCAACAGGAUCUGAUGCAGCGGCUUCUCCAGCGAGCGGAGCUCCUGCUCCUGCUGCACCAACAAGCGGUAGUAGCGCCCCCGCCAACACUGGCUCUUCACCAAGUGCCGGAGGAGUCAACCCGUUGAGUUUCCUAAGAAAUCAGCCCCAGUUCCAAAUGAUGCGGCAGCUGAUCCAGCAGAACGCCUCCCUGCUUCCUGCCUUGCUGCAGGAGAUUGGCAGGGAAAACCCCGAGCUGCUGCAGGAGAUCAGCAGCCAUCAGGAGCAGUUCAUCCAGAUGCUUAAUGAACCUAAUCCAGAGCCAGUGCCAGCAGGUGGAGGUGGAGGAGCAGGAGGAGCAGGAGGAGCCGGAGGGCAGGCAGGUGACGCAGCCGGCGGGAGUCACAUGAGCUACAUCCAGGUGACGCCGCAGGAAAAAGAGGCAAUUGAGAGGCUAAAAGCCUUAGGAUUUCCAGAGGGACUCGUUAUACAAGCCUACUUUGCUUGUGAGAAGAACGAGAACUUGGCCGCCAACUUCCUUUUACAACAGAACUUCGACGAUGAUUAAAAGAGACGCCUUCGUUUUGACUGUUUUUUCUUAUUUCUUCCUCUACGUUUUGAUCGCUGAUAUUGAAUAUAUAUGUAAAACGAAGCCUUUUACAUUUCCAAAACAAAAUGUUUUAUUCUGUCCUUCCACAUUCACCUUUCUUAAUAACACUGGAUCAUUAUGGUGUACAACGGCAGGCUGUUUGUGAUCAGUUUGAAAUGGAGGAACAAUUAAAGUACAAUAACUUUGCAUCAGAAA